UCGAGCCCUGGGAUCUGCAAUUGUCCUGCGAACUGUGUGAAACCCUUUCGCAGUUAUCCAGUCAUGUGAAAACUGUUUUCACUCUGUCAUUCGGUCAUGUGAAAACUUUUUUCACUCUGUCAUUCGGUCAUGUGAAAACUGUUUUCACUCCGUCAUUUUGGUCAUGUGAAAACUUUUUUCACUCUGUCAUUCAGUCAUGUGAAAACUGUUUUCACGAUGAAACGUACGGAAGAUGUAUGCUUAAGCGGGCUGCAUCCUCAGCAUCUCUUCUAUGUUGCCCGUUUGUUGCAGCGGUUACUUGCUAAUAAAUUGGGAAAAAGUCGACUGCAAAAUGCCUGCCUGCUGAUAAUGACGAUGGUAAUCAUGAUGGUAAUCAUGAUGGUAAUCAUGGUGGUGACAAUGAUGAUGAUGAUGAUGAUGGUGAUGAUGAUGAUGAUGAUGAUAAUGAUACUCCUCUGUUGCGACGUUGUGCAGCGGCCUGCAUCAUCAGCAUCAAAGGCUGAACUGUGCAGAAGGAGUCUGGCGCAGAUACUGCAGUACAAACAACCCCCUCUUCAGGACUUGCAAAUAUUUGGAAAUCCAGAAGAACAGCCUAUACUCUUCGUGGAGCGUCAUAUAUCGAAUGUGGAGGUGAUUGCCAGAAGCGGCUUCCUGAGUCCUUCAGGAGCUCUUCUCGGGAACGUUCUGCCGGCACAAUCCUUCAGCCCAAGUUUCAAUGGCAACAGCCCAAAGGUUGAUCCAAGGCCCCUCGAGAUUCCAAGAGAAAGGGAGCGGAGGAACAGCAAGCAGUCCAGACACGUCAUUGUGUUUGUGCAUGGGUUUCAGGGCCAUCACUUAGACCUUCGCCUCAUCCGGAACAAUUGGCUGAUGUUGGAUCCGACGGUGGAAUGCAUGAUGUCUGAAGCAAAUCAGGACCGUACAUUUGAUGAUUUCCGGGAUAUGGGACGGCGACUCGCGAACGAGGUUGCUACCUCCUUGACUCAUCUGUUUGGGAGUUCUGGGAGGCCAAAUCCAAAUUUAUGCCUUGGGAAACUCAGCUUUGUCGGACAUUCAAUUGGCAAUGUUGUCAUCCGCGCUGCUCUCACAGAGGCUGCGAUGCAACCGUAUCUUAGCCACCUUUUUACGCUCUUGUCAAUUUCGGGUCCGCACUUGGGCUAUAUGUACAGCUCCAACUCUAUUUUUAACUCUGGGCUUUGGCUGCUGAAGAAGUUCAAAGGCUCGCCGUGCAUGCAUCAGCUCACUUUCACCGAUCAACCAGCAAUGAAGGACUGUUAUCUUUACCAUCUCAGUCAGACGAAGACAUUUGGGUACUUCAGGAAUGUGUUAUUCUUGGCCUCUCCUCAGGAUCGAUACGUUCCCUAUCAUUCGGCGAGGAUUGAGAUGUGUCCUGCGGCAAUGAAGGACUCAAAGAAAGGUGGUGCGUAUACGGCAAUGCUGCAAGGUUGUCUAGGCCCUCUCGUACAGGGCGGAACUCGUGCCGGUGAUGCCAUGGAAGGGAGGACUUUAUGGCGGGUUGAUGUGAACUUCAACACCUCUUCAACGCCCCGUUCCCUCAGCACGCUGAUUGGUCGAGCAGCACACAUUGAAUUCCUCGAGACGGAUGCCUACGUAAAAAUAAAAAGUAAUGGCGAGCACGAGGAUGAGGACGAGGAUCAAUACGAGGACGAAGACAAGGACGAGGACGAGGACGAGGACGAGGACGAGAAUGAGGACGAGGAUGAGGACGAAGACGAAGACGAGGACGAGGACGAGGACGAGGAUGAGGAUGAGGAUGAGGACAAGGACGAGGAUGAGAGGACGAGACGCCUUUUACAACAAUGAGUAGGUAGUGGUGCUGUUGGAUACCAAGCAACACUCCUUUUCUUUUGCGGUCACGGUAGCCGUCUUGUCAGUUAAUUGAACUUAAUUCAAGAUUUCCAGCAGUCGUGGUUAGGACUGCGAUUCAGGUAUUCUCCUUUCCUGAUGCAUGAAACUCACUUAGCAGAGGGGCUGGGAUUAGUGCAGAGGCACAAUCGAGAGUGCUUUAUUUUCAUUCCAAUGAUGAGAUGAGCAAACCAAGUGUGCGAGGGAUGCGAUUAAUUUUACUUUUAUGGGCAUUUGAGUGUCUUCUUGUAUAAGAUCUGAUCGGCGCUGUCCAGCAAGCUGCGAGAUGAUGAUGCCGCCCAGAAUUUCCACCCUUGUUCUCGAUGGCAUGUGAGACUUCGGUAAGAGGUAUUCUUGAAGCCAGGCCACUGAAAGGAGAGCACCCUUCUACAAUUGGACGGUAGUCUUGACACUUAGUCAUUUCAACCAUUGUUCUUGGUGGCAUGUGAGACAGCGGUCCAGUAUUCUUGAUGGCCAGUCCACCCAAAAGAGCACCCUUCGACAUUUUUUUUCUACGUCGGGACGGCAUUCAGCUACGGGUAUCUGUUGCUGGGUCUGUGUGUUCAGCUGCUCGGCAGCAGGUAGGCGUCAUGUUACAGAGGCUUGAAGGACUCAGGGGUAAAGACGCUGGAGGGGGGUAACAGAAGGACUCAGGGGUAAAGACGCCGGAGGGGGGUAACAGAAGGACUCAGGGGUAAAGACACCAGAGGGGGCUCUGAGCUCAUUUGGCAAGCAAGGAACGAUCUGCUGUUUUCGCAUCGGGUAGGGGGUCGGUAGGCCUCGUGUUAUAAAGGCGCGAAGAAAUUUGGGGGGGUGAAGACAUCGGUGGGGGUAAAGACGACGUCGGUGUUAACACAUGGAAAGGCAUUUGAGCGUAAGUCCCGGAGCUCAUUUGGCAAGCAAAGAAUGGUCAUGGUAUCAAUUCAUGGCCGUCGGAGUGCCUUCAUUCUGACGAGUCUGACGACGCAGAAAACAGGUAGGGAAUGUGUGGGAUGAAGUUGAUUACGCGUGUCCAAAGGGUCUUUUAUUAAAGAUUUGAUGUCAUUGGCAAUGCUUAGCAAUCUAUAGGACUUCUGAUUCCGAUAUUAUCCUCAAUUACACUCACUCGGUACAAGCAGGGGCUGACGUUACGUUUACAGGCACUGGAGUGAGGGAAGCGGGUUCGGCUGGUGCCUUUACCGUGGAGACUUCUGUGAAACAGUCUUGAAAGACUGUGAGAAUAUGAAAAACCAAGAUCGAGAGAUCGAAUCAAAACGGAAUGAGCAUUUGUUUUUCCUGCAUGUCCACCUGCCUGGCAUUAUCAGUUCACAGUAGUACAGUACCUCCUCAUUCGUCUGGGCGCGGGCAAGCAGUUUGAGUCGCUCCAGGCAUGGGACCGUAUGCAUGAGCUUGCUGUGUAUGUGGUGACACAGGGCGGGAAAGUGUAACCAGGAAGACGCAUGGAGGGGGCAGAGUGAAGUGUCCAUCAUCAUCCUAUUUUUGGACUGUUGAAGAAUCUUGUCAGGCUGCUAGCCGAUAAGGCAUCAGCCACAUUCAGAGAGUAGAGAGUGCCUAUCUAGAGACUGGUCAUGGGUAAACGACUGGGAAGCAGCACCAAGCUGACUGGAAAGGAGCAAUUUUGCUAGGGGGAGGAUCAGAAAGAAAUUGGCUAAGUGUAACUGCAGUUGGGGUGAUGGAUUCCUCAGCUUGAGGCUCACCUUGCUUGUGGCAAUUACAAUAGCAAUAUUUUUUUCAGGUGGAGAGCAGCAGUUUUGCGCACAAGCUCCGGGCCGACUGGGGUGGAAAGAAGCAAUUUUGCUACCUUCACCCGAAUACAGCAUAUGAUGAUACUAUGAUCAUUAUUGCUGUAUCUGCACUGGAACUAGAAUGACCGUACAUUGUAUUCGGGGGAAGAAGGUAGGAGGCGGCCAGAAAGAGAUUGGCUAAGCUUAACUGCCGUUGAG